AUGAAGGAGGUGAAGAGCGAACGGGAACGGGGAAGUCGUCGAAGGCACCGAGACGGGGACAUGGUGGCGGCGACGGUGGUGGUGAAGCAGGAACGCCUCAGCCCGGAAGCUGUGCCUCCCACCCACCGCCGCUCGGACCCCUGCCAUAGCCCGUCCUCACCCGCCGGCGAGCCGGGCCGCCCGGGUCACCGCGGGAGCCGAACCCGUGGAGGCAGCCGGUCUCCAGCCAAAAAGAAAAGUAAGUCCUCAGGAAGAAGAAGCAAGUCUCCUCGGAGUAAGAGAAGCCGAAGUCCUCACCACUCAGCAGUCAAAGUGAAGCAGGAACGUGAAGAUCAUACCCGGAAAGGACGGGAAGACCGGCAGCACAGGGAGCCAUCAGAACAGGAACACAGACGAGCUAGAAACAGUGACCGAGAGAGACACCGAGGCCAUUCCCACCAGAGGAGAACCUCAAAUGAAAGGCCUGGGAGUGGCCAGGCUCAAGGACGGGAUGAAGACAUUCAGAACUUGCAGGCUCAGGAGGCAGAGAGGGAGUUUUAUAACGCUCGACGCCGGGAGCAUCGCCAGAAGAACGAAGGUAACGGCCAGGGUCAUGGGUCUCAAGAGCUGGCUCCUCGACCUGACGGCAACAAUAAGGAAAAAGAGCUUCCUGCUAAAGAAAAGCCUAGUUUUGAACUCUCUGGAGCACUUCUUGAGGACACCAACACCUUCCGGGGGGUAGUCAUUAAGUAUAGCGAGCCCCCAGAAGCACGGAUCCCAAAGAAACGGUGGCGUCUCUACCCCUUUAAGAAUGAUGAGGUGCUUCCGGUCAUGUACAUCCAUCGACAGAGUGCCUACCUUCUGGGUCGACACCGUAGGAUUGCAGACAUUCCUAUUGACCAUCCCUCUUGUUCUAAGCAGCAUGCAGUAUUUCAGUAUCGGUUGGUAGAGUACACUCGUGCUGAUGGGACAGUUGGCCGCAGAGUGAAGCCCUACAUCAUUGACCUGGGCUCCGGCAAUGGGACCUUCUUAAACAACAAGCGCAUUGAACCACAGCGCUACUAUGAGCUGAAGGAAAAGGAUGUGCUUAAAUUUGGGUUCAGUAGCAGAGAGUAUGUCUUGCUUCAUGAGUCCUCUGACACUUCUGAAGUAGACAGAAAAGAAGAUGAAGAAGAGGAGGAGGAGGAGGAAGUAUCCGACAGUUAG